AAAUUUGAUAAAAUAUUUUUUUUUUUGGUAUGUAAUAAAUUGUCAUUUUUUGAAGUGUCGCUUAAAAAAUUUUAACUCAAAACUGCUUCUGGAAGUACGUGCUACAAAAUUUUUAUUCGUAAUAAUAAUAAAAAAUAUAUAUAAAAAUAUGCCGAAGGGUAAUUCUAGUGACUGCACAUGCCGAUUGGCCAAUGAGGUGGGCCAGCUAAAGGCUAUUGUUAAUGCCCAGAGCAAGACUCUCGCCAGAUUGGUCCGUCAUAUGAAGGAUGGGUGCAGAAAGGACGAGGAGUCCAAGGAGUCAACCUUGUGUGGACUGAAUCCUUGCCUGAAGUGCCUGCAGCCCGACAUACUUUAUCACCUGGGACUCGACACGGACACCACCGACUUCCCUAAGGUGUUUGGAGAUGUCCGGUUCGUUUGUAUGGGAGGGACACCGGGGCGGAUGGAGAACUUUGCCUACUAUGUGAUGCAAGAGAUCGGCCUCAAAAUAAACGCGGCAACCAAACUACGUGACAUGGCGGAGGCGGGCAAGCGAUUCUCCAUGUUCAAGGUGGGUCCCGUGCUCUGUGCCAGCCACGGAAUGGGCUGUCCUUCCAUAUCCAUCCUGCUGCAUGAACUCAUAAAGAUGAUGUGCCACGCUAAGUGCAAAGAUCCCGUUUUCAUUAGGAUUGGCACCUGCGGCGGCAUUGGCGUCGAUCCGGGAACUGUAGUUAUCUCUUCUGAGGCGGUUGAUGGACGCCUGAAUGCCGCCCACGAGAUCCUGGUGCACGGCAACAGUGUUCAACAUGCUAGCCAGCUGGACGAGGGUCUUGCUGACGAAAUCAAGAACUGCCAUGAUCCGUGCAAAGAUAAUUAUGAGGCCAUCAUCGGACGAACACUGUGUGCCCAUGACUUUUACGAGGGUCAAUCAAGAUUGGAUGGCGCCUUUUGCGAAUAUACCCCAGAAAUGAAGAAGGCCUACCUGGAACAGCUGCAGAGCCAGGAUGUGAAAAACAUCGAAAUGGAGAGCCUAGCCCUCGCUGCCCUCACCAGUCGGGCCAACAUCAGGAGUGCAGUUGUCUGCGUGGCUAUUAUAAACCGCCUUAACGGGGAUCAGAUUAAAACCCCGCAUGAGAUUUUGACAAAAUGGGAGAAGCGACCGCAGGAGUUGGUGGCCCGCUACAUACGGAAGGUUCUUUACUUUAAUGGAAAUGACAGUGAAUCGGAGCAAACGGAUGAGGGCUCAGAAGCAGGAGCUCAGGGCGGGGCAGGAGACACCCAAAAGGCGACUGCGGAGGAAGAUUAAAGAGAGUUCUGGAUGAAAGGAAAAUGUUACCUAUUCAUGUCGGUAAAUCCCAAUAAUCGAGGCUUUCCUUAAUACAUUAACCUAAUAACAAAAGUUUUGAUGUCAUACUAACUUAUUCCAUUAAUAUAAAUCUCAAUAAUUAUAUCUCCCAAA